GCAAAAGGAAGUGGAAAGUCUCCGUCUUACAACACACCGAUUGCUUGCUCGGUGGACGUUGAGUGCAUGUGAGGAAGUUCUGAAGCCCGGAAAGUGAAGCUCGUCACCCAGCAGCGGGCAGAGGACAAUGAAGCUGGUGUUCAUCCUGUUACUUUCCACAACCUGGAUGCUGUGUGGAGCUCAGUUCUACUACCAGGCGCUGAUGGACUAUCUGGAGAACAGAUUGUUGGCUAUUGAGGACCACAUGCACUUGUGGAAAGAGCAGUCACGGCAAUACCACAUGGAACUUCAGGAUUUACACAAACGGUCCAAGAAGACUAUAGAGGGUCUGAAGCAAGGACACAGCAUGCUAUCCACCGAUGUGGAGGCAGCAGCGGCCCGAUUGAAUCGGGUGGAGCAAAACGUGGACUUUGUGGAAAGCCAGACAUCCCCACGGGCUUGUGCAAACCAGGCGGACCGGGUGUUGGAGCAGGGAGUGUGGAGCGAGGAGGAGAGUCGAGGAGAGGAGGAAGAGGAGUGGGAGGAGCUGCCCUCCAGAGUAACUGACUGCGUGGAAAUCAUCUCUGCCAUCCGGUCGGUGAAGAUCCUGAAGCGAGUGGGUGGUUCUAAGGGCGUGUGGCUCCGGGACCCUCGGUCAUCCAAGGUCUACGUAUUUAACGGGACAGCGGGGGACACCAUCUACCAGUUUGAGUCCGUCAAGGAGUUUCUUCAGGGCUCCCCGGGUGUCGCCCUCGGUCGGCCGAUCAGGCUGCCGUCCAAUUGGAGGGGCAGUGGCGUCGCUGUUUACAACGGUUAUCUGUAUUACAUCCAGCAGGGGGAAGACAUGAAUGUGGUCAGGUAUGACAUCAUUGGUGGCAGGCUCAUGGAUGUCGCCAUUCUCCCCGUGGAGAGCCGAGCUGCUGUUUACAGCCUCAACCCCGAGACAGUAGCAGAUCUCGCAGUGGACGACCAAGGCCUCUGGCUUCUCUAUGCCAGCGGUGAGACCGAACCAAACAUCAACCUCGCAAAAAUGGAUCCCGUCUCUCUGGAUAUCGAGCAAAUCUGGGACACCCGCUGCCCGAGGGAGAAUUCGGAGGCGGCUUUCAUUGUCUGUGGCGUCGUCUACGUUGUUUACAACACGUUGCAGACCAGUCGCUCUCGGGUCCAGUGUGUGUUUGAUGUCAAUGACAAGGUGGUGAGUGAGGAGGCACCCCUCUUUUAUUUCCCUCGACGGUAUGGAGGACAUGCCAGUCUAAAGUACAAUGCCGAGGAGAAACAGAUCUACAGCUGGGACGAUGGCUACCAAAUCCUCUACAGGCUGACGACCAAAAGGAAAAUGCUGGUUUGACGGCCCAAACCAAUGUCAUUUAUGGUAAAAAUGUGUUGUCAAAAACAUGGAAACACAAGUUAGUUUCCACAAGUCUUCGAUGUUAACAAACACUUUGAUUGUUGUCAAAGGCAGGGGUCCCAUAUCUACCGGUCCGUGGACCGCCCAUUUGUUUUCGUUUUUGCUGGGCAUCGGUCAAACAUACAUCCCGCCUCCAACACCACGCAGCCCAUCAAUUAACUUCCAAAGGGCAAUAUAGAAAGGGUUGCGUGAUUUUACGAUCGAGAUUUGUGAUAUUACAUGACCAGCGGCGAGCUGUGAGCAUAUUUAUGCAAUCAGACAUGGUGGGAACUCUAGCUAAUCGGAGUCCUCAUUCUAACAUUGGUUUGCAAGUGGAAUUCACCACCAGAAUUCACCAAGAAAUGAAAGAAGAUUCAGUCCAGAGAAUGUAAUAGAACCAAUUUUGACAAAACGCACAUCUGUACGUGCUGCUCAUGGACAGCCAUGACUUCCAAAGAUGAAGCUAUUUUGACAAGAAAAGUUCCUCUCCUGGCGAUAUCUCCAGAGCGGCAUGGAGGAAGAAGCUGUUAUGUGUGGUAUGUCAUCCAAAACAAGACAAUACAAGAAACCUGCUGAAUUAUUUAUACAAGUAGCACCCAAGUGAUUAAGUGGAAAGCAUGAAAAUGCGAGCACAACCUGACCGUGUAAAUAUUUGAAGUAGCAAUGAUGCAGCUUUUGUGUAAGCACUAUAUCAAGAUGUAUUGUAUUGAUAUGGACCUUCCAGAAAUUACAUCUUAAAGGGCGUAUGAGAGGACUGACACGGGUGUAGUUCAGCAAAACUUUCUCCCGGCUAUAGAUGCCAAUUACUUCCUUCUACUAUCAACAACUGGUAUCGGCGGCCUUUGAGAACACUUGAUACCUUGUAUCGUUACUUGUCCAUCCCGAAUUAAUAGUAUAGCUAAAUGCUUAAAAUGUGUAUUUUCUACUACUUCACCUGGACAUACAAUUAUUGUAUAUCCAACAUGUCUCAUAUUUUCAACUGCACUAUACUAUAUCAUCAGGAUCAUUACUGUAAUGUACCGCAACAUAAGAAUUGUUUAAUAAUUAAAUGUUGUUGAGGAUCCUUGCAGUGUGAGGCAGUGCACAUUUGACGAUCUCAUCUAAUGUCGUUGGGGAGCGCUCUGGCUCGUUAGGCUGACAGCAUUAUCCGGCAAAAACAAACAACAGCUCACUUUGCAUAAAUCAUUUAAUCAAAAGGCAGAUCAUGUCACAAACCAAAACACGUCACACCCAAUGGAAGGGAAACAAUUAAGAGGUUUUACAGUGACAAGUGGGGAACAAAAUAAUGCCAAUUAUUUCACUGGUAAGUCUAUAACAGACUCCUUAGACUAAGUGCUCAUUUCAUCAACAGAAUAUUUUCUCACUUGUCACUAUUAUACAAAAUGCCCAUUAAAAAAAAAAAACAACGGUAUUUUUGUUCAAACUCAAAGAAAUCAUUUUGAGAACGGUGGUGACAUGAGGCGAAGCUAAAAGGUUAACAGUUCAAAGAGCAAACAACCACACAUGGUUACAAAUACGUGACUGCCUAAAAGUGCAGGGGGUGUCAAAACAGCACAGGAAACACUUAAAAGUUGAAGAAAUCUGAAGUUGAUCUAAAAUUAUAAAGAAAUGAAAGUUCAGAAGAUGCACAGAAUCCACAACAUGAACAAAAUGAGUGGGACAGGAAUCCUAAACUCGGUCACCCCCUUACAUCCACAUCCAUAUGUUUUGUAUUUGUCCGCUUUUUUUCUUGUGUGUGUUGCGCCUUUCACGAGGCUUUCACUGAGGAUCAGCAAAGCACAAAUAUGGUAAUGCUCUUGACUCUCACACUCAAAUUACUUUGACAAGAGAGAUGUAAUGUUGAGCAUAUAAUUGCUUAAACAGAACAUAUUGACAAAACAACCACAACAUUUUUUCUGACAUAGCCCAGCACACACUUUACUGUUGUCUUCACCUUAUUUCAUUGUUAUGGUUCAGUUCCAGUUUUAUGAUGAUAUUUACAGACAGUUGCUAAUGUGAAAAUGCCUGUAGUGCACAGCGAAUAAAGGUUUUUAUGUUG